AUGGAUUCGGAUUCAGUCUCACCCAUGCCUGGUGUACGUAAUGUUAUUGAUUCAGUUUAUCAUAAAUCCGGUAAUGGUCUACGUGAUUUUUAUAAAGGUUAUUUAAUUACAUUAGUAAUUAAUGUACCAUUUUCGUCGAUUAUAUGGACAUUGUAUUGGUGUAUACAACAUCAUUUAGAAAUAAUAUUAACACGAAAAUAUGGUUACAUAACGUCGCCUCUAUCCAUUAAGAAGAUUUAA